CAUUUAAAACCGUGUUCUAGAACAAUUUAGUACAACGAAAUCAAGGCGGUCUUACAAUUCGUGCCGAUUCGAGCGGUACGGCAACGUCCCUCAAGGGAUGGAUUCAUAAUAAUCUCUUCACAGAAAACUUCAAUAAACCUGCACUGUUCGUUGAGGGUCGUCAGAGUAGUCCUUAUCAACAGAUGACUAUAUUCAGAAAUUAUUUCACCAAGAAUAACGCUCCGUAUGACAAUAACAUCAUUUUGAAGCAAGUGGUCAGCAACGUGACAUUCAAUUACUUGCAUGGAAACCUUGGUAUGCAUUUAUUGGAGAUUUCGGGAUUCGAAAAGGUCCGUUCACAAUUCUAUCAAAGCACAUCUCACAACGGCUUCUACAAAAACUACGCAGUCGAUCGUGAAGGCCGCAGCACUAUUAUUGCUGGUACACCCGGUCAGCAAUAUGUUGAUAAUGUGUUUUUUAAUCCCGACAACGAUUAUGAAAUGCAAACGACGAACAAAUCUCAACAGCUGGAAAUUUGGAGAUCUCACAUAGACGCGCGGCACAAUUGGUGGGGUUACAAUGAAACCUUAGCGGUGGCUGGACGCAUCAGAGACCGUGAAGAUUCAUUUGAGCUGUUACAGGUAGAUUAUCAGCCUUUCCAUAUGAAUAAUAAAUCGGUAUUAAGUGGCAAGUGUCCACCCGCCUGGGAUCUCGUUGGUGACACGUGUUACAUAUUGAUCGGCGCACCGAUGGACUUUUAUAAUGCGCGAGACUUUUGCAGGUCGGCAAAUGCGUCGAUGCCAUUCAUCAUGGGAGAUUAUCUGGAACUCUGGAAGUUCGCGCGUAAGCAACAGGAGCGAUUCGAUUAUUCAGAGCGUGUAUGGGUGCAACAAUUAGAACGCGUGGAUCAAUGCACGAUGUUUACAUAUCAGACCAUUGAGAUUGAUCAUUGUGCGCAACCCAAUUUGUUUAUUUGUGAAAUCGAUCCCAGAGUCAACAUCGAUCCUCUGUCUUGGAGGAAAGAUAUCGUUGCGGUGGGUGUUUUGGGAGCUGUUGGCGUUGCACUCGCAUUGCUAACUGCAGCGAUCGUAUUGUGGGCGUCCAAGUCGAAGAAGCGUAAGCUUGAGAGACUGAAGCGACGUAACUCCAUCAGGCAAUCCCUACAUUCCCUGCGAUCGGUCGGCUCCACGUCCGGCUUCACGGAACUCGCUUAUCGUCGAAAGCCUAUCGCGACCAAACAUUCCACGGAUACGCUGAACUCAAAUUACAAGCGCAUGCUGAACGGUGGCAGUCUAGACUCAAUGGACAAGUCACAACUGAACUCCUCAAUAGAGGAUAAUCAGAGUUAUGAUGUGUACGAAGCUCAUAACCCGCGAUAUUCGCCGAGCACGAGCGAUUUCAAGAAUACGGUGCAGAAGUACGGUGCAGCACAAAGUGUCGAUAAUCCGGUCUUUGACCUGGCAUACCGUAAUGAGGGCUUCCGCAAUCAUUCUACUUUUGCGGUAAGGAACGGUACUACCGACGGCGCUGUCGCCGCCGCCGCUUCUAACUGGUCAUCACCGCCAAACAUACAGUCGACAUCAGUUGAUGAAAGUCCCACAGUGUAUGCCAACAAUGAGAGCUCGUCGUAUCUCAACAAUACAUCUACGCUGCCGUUGCAUUCCAGUAUCGCGCUCACCGAUUCCAUGAUCGAAUUGAAACGCGAUAUUGAGACAUCAUCAGGCGUUUACGAUCCUAUGGAUUACUUAAAGCCCCCUUACGACUCGACUACGUUAACUCCGAGUCAGGCAUCCGAGCCCGUUCCGGAAUACGCGUCGGACUUUCAACCACCGGUACCGCCACAUCCCUAUCAUUAUGAAGCCGAGAGCAGACCUAAGAGCGAGGCGCUGUUAGAGACCAACUUCGACACGGGUGAAGAGAAGCCGCUACGCUCGAAGAGCGAAGUCUUGCUCGAGACCAAUCUGGACGCGUUCCUAGUCAAUGAGCCCACGGAACUCACGCAGCUAUCGGCAGCCACACGAAGCAAGAGUCAACCAUUAGAAACGGCAAUGUAGGUUUUUGAGACGUCGGCGACUCUUAGACCAGCAUUCCAAUUCGGGCAUAUCCGAAGUGUAUGCCAAAUGUCUUCUAGCGACAAGCACUGCCAGCUAUUUCACAAUAAAAGAUUUUCAGUCGUUUAUAACAAUACGCUGCCGACUUCCAACUCGUGCCAUUCCCAAUGGUCGUGAACUGAAUAUUGGAAUAUACACGCAUAGUAAAUCCCUGUUGAAAUGACCGGGAAUGGAACGGAUAUUCAUUGUUAGAUACAGAAAUUGAUUAAGAGUUUUAUUACAUUAUGAAAAACUCUGCAGUAAAUUAUAAUUUGAUAUGUUAAAAAACAUUACGAUAAUUAUUUGUAACACGCAUGUAUGCUGGAUUGAUAUAGAGCGUUUUCUAACAAGAGAUACAGUUGACACUAUAACACAAUGAAUGCAUCUUUGCCAAUGUUAAACAAGGAUGAAAUGAUUCACUGUGUUACACUUUUGCUAGAAAAUGUCCAUAAUCAGUAAACAUGCGAGUUUUGCAUGAAUUCACCGAAUCCGCGCUUGGGAUGAAUGCAUACUCUCUAAAUCUCGUAGAGUGGACUUAUAUAUCAUUAAUAUUAAAGUAAUUAAAGUAAUUGCAAUAGUCACUACAAGAGAGAAUUGUCACUUAAUUUCAGUAAACGCAGGCACUCAUAAGCUAGGAGUAAAUUUUUCACUCAAAUGUUUAGAAUGGCUAUACGUGGCGCGGCCUAUGCGUGAUUUUUAUUUUAAUAAUUUAU